GAUAAAGUCAAUACGACAUCUGUGGAAGAGUUUAUUCUAUUGGCUUUUUCAGAUUUAUACCAACUUCAGAUUCCCUUAUUCUUCGUCAUGUUGCUUAUCUACAUUACAUGUGUCUCUGGGAACUUGUCUAUAAUUUGUCUAGUAAGGGUUGAACCUUCCCUUCAUACCCCAAUGUAUUUUUUUAUUAGCACAUUAGCUGCAACAGAAAUGAUGUUUGUGUCUUGCAUUAUUCCUAAUCUUUUAGCUAACCUCAUUGCAGCUAAAUACAGAAUAUCUUUCAUUGGCUGCUUCACGCAACUGUUUGCCACUGAUUCGUUGGGAACAUCAGUAUGUUACCUACUUGCAGUCAUGGCUUUUGACCGAAACCUGGCUAUUAGCAGCCCUCUGCAAUAUUCUUCUAUCAUGACCCAGACCUUGUGCAUACAACUUGCUGUUCUACCUAUGAUUGUUGGCGUUGUCACUCUAGUUAUUCCUUUCACUUUUACAGCUAAAUUGGAAUUCUGUGGCCCUAAUAAAGUCAACCAUUUCUUUUGUGAUUUUGCUCCUCUACAGUCCUUGGCUUGUUCUGAUACCUUCAUCGCUAAAGUGAUUACUAGCUGUGGGGCCUUAGUUGCUGUUGCGUCCCCAUUCAUCACAACUGUUGGAUUCUACAUCCAUAUCAUUGUCAUCAUUUCUAAGCUUAACAGUAUUGAAUCUAAACAGAAAGCCUUCUCCACCUGCUCUUCUCAUCUCACUGUAGCAGGUUUGUUUUAUAUAACGGCUAGUACAGUGUAUGUUGUACCAAAGGGUUCCAAUUAUGACAGGUUCCUUGCCCUAAUAUAUACUGUCUUUACCCCUCUUUUGAAUCCCUUUAUUUAUACCUUUAGAAACAAGGAUGUAAAAAGAGCUCUCAUCAAAUCAAGGAGGUUAAAACUUUUCUAGGGAUCAUUUUAAUACUAACUUGAUAAGUCUUGUAUAAAGUCUUGUAUAA